UCUGUAUUGCUAUCUAUCACUCGCACCCAUCAAGAAAUCAUGUCUGGACGUGGUAAAGGCGGUAAAGGGCUGGGAAAAGGAGGCGCCAAGCGUCACCGUAAAGUCUUACGUGAUAACAUCCAGGGAAUCACGAAACCAGCCAUCCGUCGUCUGGCCCGUCGCGGUGGAGUCAAGCGUAUCUCCGGCCUCAUUUAUGAAGAAACACGCGGUGUGUUGAAGGUUUUCUUGGAGAACGUCAUCCGUGACGCAGUGACCUACACCGAGCACGCCAAGAGAAAGACCGUUACAGCUAUGGAUGUGGUCUAUGCCCUCAAGAGGCAAGGGCGCACACUCUAUGGUUUCGGCGGUUAAGAAUUCCAACUUCACAUGCAAACAAAAAGGUCCUUUUAAGGGCCACACACUUUUUCUUAAGAGCUCCAGUUUCUCAGCAAACGCUCCAAAUUUGAGUUGUUUCCUUGCAUACGGAUCAUGAAAUGAAAGCAUUCUGUAUUAGUCAAAGAACCUUUCAAAUUUUCAGUACGUCGCAUACUUGUUAUGCUCUUUACACCAGUAAAACUAGAAUAAAACCACCUCU